GAGGAGUGACACUAAUACCCACACACUGAUUCUUAUAUGUACACUCCUCUCUCUCAUAAACACUUUCUUUUGUCUCACACAUGGGUGAUUAAAUUAUACACACUGCACAAUGAAGCCGAGUACUAGGGUUGUGAGGAUCGUGAUUCUUAUGAUGGUAAUGUUUCUUUAUGCGCUAUUCCACAGGUCUCUCAAGCCAGGACUGUAGAUGAACUGAAGCUGUCGGUUGAGCCAAUGGGCGACUAUUUAGCCACCGCUGGCUGUUUCAGGAUGUUAACUUCGUUGACAGAAAAAUACCAAUUACUGGAAGACAUCCUCAUGUUUCACAUUGUGCACCGCAUCCGGGCACCCUUUGAAAAAUUCAGAGAUGGGCUGAAAACCCUGGGUGUCCUCCAGAAGAUCCAGCAAUACCCAGAGGCUUUCCGUCCACUGCUCUGUUACAGUCCGACUCGCCUCACAGCUGAGACUCUGGAUGAAUUGUUUAUAAUCAACUGGUCAGAGACCGGAAGCAACAAGAGAAUGGCUGAGAACAGGAUUGUGGCAUUUUGGAGGGACUUUCUUCAGGAUGCUCAAGAGGACAACAGAACAACAUUGCAAAGCAUUCUGACUUUCACAACCGGGUCCAAUGUGGUGCCACCAAUGGGUUUCUCCCCUCAGCCCUCGUUAGAAUUUCUGCACACUGGAGGCAAAUAUCCCAUUGCAAAUACUUGCAUUAAUUGCUUACGCCUGCCCCUAUACAUGGAGUAUGAAGCUUUUAAGGAAGCAAUGGACUUUGCUAUCAGAAACACUCAGGGGUUUGGCAUGGCUUAAGUGGGUGUGUCUAGUUCUUAAAAGCAGUGGCAGUAUUUUGGCCAGGUUUAUGAUUUGUAUUACAUGCAAUACAUUCAUGGUUCAUGAUGUUAAUUUUGGCAAAGCUUGUCAUUGGAGGCACUUUUGUUUGUAUUCUGUUUGACUCAGGGACAGUUUUAUUCAACAAGCACCACAUCAUGUGUGCACAUUUACUGAAAUGUUCCAACUUUCAAACCUUGUUUACCAAACUGGUUAGUGUAAGGGUUAAAGUCAAGGCAUUUUCUAGUAUACAUGGGGGCAGCAAUUCUAAACACCUUACUCUUGCACUUCUGCACUUAUGGCAGUGCUUCAUGUUUUUACAUGGAUGUGUGUGAUGUUUGCGACCUCAUUAUAUUCACAAC